UCUUCAUCUAUCUCUCUCUACUCUACAGUCUACUGCAGCUUUUUCCCGCGACGCCAUUUUCCUAUAUUUCAUGCGCGCCCCAAUCCUCGCUCUACCGCAGCAAUUACAUCCUGCGGCGAAACCCUAACUCAAUUCACCGAAAAUCAUGGCGGCGGUGCUCUACUUGCAUGGAGAUUUAGAGCUCCACAUCAUCGAGGCGCGCUCCCUCCCAAACAUGGACCUCUUCUCCUCGCGCCUCCGCCGCCGAAGACGAGACCGAUAGGAAGCUGAGAUCAUCACCAGCGAUCCCUACGUCACCGUCAGCGUCCCCCAGUCCACCCUAGCCCGUACCCGCGUCAUCUCCAAUUCGCAAAACCCUAAGUGGAACGAGCGCUUCCACAUUCCCUUAGCGCACCCCGUCCCCAAUCACGAUAUCCACGUCAAGGACAACGACGUCUUCGGCGCCGACACGAUCGGGAAGAUCCUCAUCCCCGCCGAGAAGAUCGCCGCCGGCGACCAGAUCUCCGAUUGGUUCCCGAUCAUCGCCGCCUCGGGGAAACCGCCCAAACCUGACACCGCGCUGCGGAUUAAGAUGCGCUUCACUCCGUGUGAUAAAAAUCCUCUGUACAAGCACGGUGUCGCCGGCGAUCCGAACCACAGAGGGGUUAGGAACACUUAUUUUCCUCUUCGGAAGGGGAGCGCCGUCACUCUUUACCAGGAUGCGCAUGUGAUUGCGGACAACUUCCCCAAAAUCGACCUAGACGAUGGCUUGACUCGCUCCCACGCCCCGUGUUGGGAGGAUAUAUGUUAUGCGGUUGCAGAGGCUCACCAUUUGAUAUACAUUACUGGAUGGUCUGUUUUUCAUAAGAUUAAGCUGAUUAGAGAGCCAACCAAACCCUUGCCUCGAGGAGGAGACCUCAUGCUUGGGGACUUACUGAAGUAUAAGUCUCAGGAAGGGGUUCGAGUUCUGCUCUUGCUUUGGGAUGAUAAAACUUCGCAUGACAAAUUCCUCAUCAACACGACGGGUGUGAUGCAAACUCAUGAUGAAGAGACAAAGAAGUUUUUCAAGCAUUCAUCUGUAAUUUGUGUUCUAUCACCACGUUAUGGGAGCAGUAAACUUAGCUAUAUUAAACAGCAGGUAGUUGGAAACGUGUUUACACACCACCAGAAAUGUGUUCUUGUCGAUACUCAAGCACCUGGAAAUAAUCGAAAAAUCACUGCCUUUAUAGGAGGUCUUGAUCUUUGUGAUGGCCGUUAUGAUACACCUGACCAUCGACUGUUCCGUGAUCUUGACACUUGUUUUAAGGAUGAUUUUCAUCAGCCUACGUUUGCGGCAGGAAUGCAAGCUCCAAGGGAGCCAUGGCAUGAUUUGCACUGCAGAAUUGAAGGACCUGCUGCUUAUGACGUGCUUAUAAAUUUUGCCCAACGUUGGCGGAAAUCAACCAAGUGGAGAGAAUUUAGUCUACUAAAGAAAAAGGUGUCCAACUGGAAUGAUGAUGCAAUGAUAAAAAUUGAGCGAAUAUCAUGGAUUUUAAGUCCUGCCCUUUCUGUAACCAAGGAUGGAACUUACAGGUAUUCUCGCGAGGAUGAUCCUAAGCUAUAUGUGUCUGGAGAAGAACACCCUGAAAAUUGGCACGUUCAGAUAUUCAGGUCCAUUGAUUCAGGGUCACUCAGAGGCUUCCCCAAGUUCUAUGAUGAAGCUGAUGCCCAGAACCUUGUUUGCUCCAAGAAUCUGGUGAUAGACAAAAGUAUUCAAACAGCAUAUAUUCAGGCAAUAAGAUCUGCUAAGCAUUUUAUUUAUAUUGAAAAUCAAUACUUUCUUGGUUCUUCAUAUGCUUGGCCUUCAUACAAAGAUGCAGGGGCUGAUCAUUUAAUACCUAUGGAGUUGGCAAUGAAAAUUACUAGUAAAAUAAGAGCUAAUGAGAGAUUUGCCGUGUACAUUAUUAUACCAAUGUGGCCCGAAGGAAAUCCCAAUGACAAUGUUGUGCAAGAAAUUUUAUUUUGGCAGGGCCAAACAAUGCAGAUGAUGUAUCAAGUUAUUGCAAAAGAGAUCAAAUCAAUGAAACUCCAGUCACAUCCACUAGAGUACUUGAAUUUCUACUGCAUUGGAAAGCGGGAACAGAUUACAGGUCCUGGUGCUCAGGUCUCUGGGGAUCCUGCUAAGAUUUCAGAGGCACAAAAGUUUCAGCGGUUCAUGAUUUAUGUGCACGCCAAAGGAAUGGUAGUGGAUGACGAGUAUGUAAUAAUUGGAUCAGCCAAUAUAAAUCAGAGAUCAAUGGCUGGUACAAAAGACACAGAGAUAGCAAUGGGUGGAUAUCAACCUCAUCAUACAUGGGGAAAGAAGCAAAGACAUCCACAUGGCCAGAUAUAUGGAUAUAGAAUGUCGCUAUGGGCAGAGCAUCUUGGGAUGGUUGAAAAUAGUUACAACACGCCAGAGGAUGUGGAGUGCGUGAAGAGAGUGAAUGAAAUUGCUGAAGAUAAUUGGAAGAGAUACACGUGCGAUGAAUUUAAAGAGUUGCAAGGUCAUCUUCUCAAGUAUCCGGUGGAAAUUGAUGCAGACGGCAAUGUAAAUCCGCUUCCAGGACACGAGAACUUCCCUGGAGGCAGAGUUCUCGGAGCCCAUUCUCCCACCAUACCGGAUAUCUUGACGACGUAAUGUGUAACAAAUGUGUAUGUGAUUUUGGACGUUGUAAUCAACUAGGGUUUGUGAAUAAAUGUAUUGUAAUUUGUAUCUUGUCUCAAUAUAUAUGUAAAGAGGCUGAAGAUUGUGAUUGUAAGUUCUGGUUGUUUGUUUAUGCGGCAAUGAAAUGAGAUUCUAACUAA